GAUUCUGUAACAAACACAUCAUCGAUGCUAACAACGACGAGUUCACAGAUGUCGCAUCGUAGACAUCGCUUUUAAAAACAACGUUGAUAAAAACCGUAUUCGCUUAGCAAAAAAUCUCGUCGACGAUCCGACGAACAACGAUGAAGGCUAGGAUGUUUACAGUGUUGCCAAAAUUCCAUUUAAAGUAUAAUCGAGAAAAUCUCGACUAACGUAUUUUGAAGUGAUUUCGACUUCUUAAAACAAUAUUAAUGCACAAGACGUAUGUACGUAAUAUUUUACAUCAAUUAUGCAUCAAAUUAUUAAUUAAUUAAGUCAUUUUCGAUUUGGAAAAUAAUGAUUCUGAUUUUGACAUUUGUAAUUGUAGGUUAUAUAGUCUGUGCUGUGCUCAGUGUUAUUUCAAAUAUGCAAAACAAACGACUUGGUCUCAGCUUGAUAAGAGUUUUGUUAUCAAAACAUGAAAUUUCAAAGCUCCAAGUGGUUUUAAGUGUCUAAGUGUACUUUAGAAAAGCUCCACCCUAGCAGAAUGGCGUUCUACUUGUUCUUUGUUUUAGUUUGGUGUCCAAUCUAUCGAAAUGUCUCGCAAUGCAAUGCCUUCACUGAAUCAGCUAGAAAAGCUAGUAAGCUUUUUAGAAGAAAAACCGUGGUUGGCUAUGGGUCAUGCCCGAACUGCGAAUGCUCGCAUUCGCAGUCGUCAGGCAUGGUCCGAAAUAACGACAGCCCUGAACAGUGAUGGUAGUGGGUGUACUAAGACAUCGGAACAAUGGUGUAAGUACUGGAAGGACAAAAAAGGAGCGGUCAAAAGAAAGUCCAGCAUAAUUGCAGCAGCGAGGCGGCGCACUGGUGGUGGCAUAGAGGAUUUGCCAGAACUUAAUGAAUUAGAGUUGAAAAUCCAAUCCAUUAUGGGAGGGGAAAGUUUUGGCAGUGGAGAUCAGAUUUUGGAAAUAAAUCCUUUUCAGGAAGAGCCAAUUAAUAGGGCAGUGGACAGUGAAGAGUCUCCCAGCAUUUUAUGUAAUAUUGCCCCUCCAAAUGAGCAGCCGGCUGAUCUAAGUGAGGUUCUUGUUAGUGAGUCAGGCCAUGAAAUGCAAUGGUCUAAUUUUGUUGCUGUUGAUGGUGAUAGUGUGCGAGACAAUCUGGCACAGGUACCUAGUUGCAGUAGAGAUGCAAUUGAACCAGCACCGGAUGCUCAAAGUCCAGAAGCUGUACAAAAUAGGGUUUUGUUUACUGAGCCAAUAAGACCUGCAUCACAACAAACUGAUGUUUUGGAGACAGGCAAUGAAACUCCUACUCAGCGUGUACAUAGAGAGACGUUACGCAGUCGCCGACGCACUGUUCAGUUUUCUCCGCGUCAAUCUGCAGCGCGCCGGCGACUGCUGAGAAGGUCGCCUCCGUCACAACGCCGCUCUGAAAUGGUUAGCCUCACAGAGCGAUUCCUAGCCAUCGAAGAACGUAGAGCAAAUGCAGAGCUCCUGAUUGCACAAGCAAUAAGCCGGCAAGUAGACGGCCAACAGGCUAUGGCUCAGGCUCUAGAUAGAGUUGGUAGUGCCAUAAUAGAUUUUAUAAAUAAAUAAAAUACCUAUUAUGUUUAAUUGAAAAACACAAUUUUGAAAAUUCUAAUUUUAAUAUAUUUUAAUAAUCUUAAUAAAUGUUUAGCUAAAA